AACUGCCGAAUGUUAACCGACCGCUCCCGAAGUCCUGACCCGAAGCAGUUCUUGUCUGUGGUUGUCUGCGGCAGUGAAGUGUCAUCUCGUUUGUUGUUAGUUAUUGAUCAUUCUGUAAUAGGUUGAAUUUUAAUGAAGAUUUGACUACUGGAUAGCCGUUGUGCAAAAUGGACCAGAUUACACCCAAGGAGGUUAAAAUCCUUGAAACUGCUGAAGAUAUUCAAGAACGCAGAGAACAAGUUCUAACCCGUUACAGUGAUUUUAAAUCUGAAGCACGAGCAAAGAGAGAAAAGCUUGAAGACUCUCGCAGAUUUCAGUAUUUUAAAAGAGAUGCUGAUGAACUUGAAUCUUGGAUUUAUGAAAAACUUCAAGCUGCUUCAGAUGAGAGCUACAAAGAUCCCACCAAUUUACAGGCAAAGAUCCAGAAACAUCAAGCAUUUGAAGCAGAAGUAGCAGCUCAUAGCAAUGCUAUUGUUGUUUUGGACAACACAGGAAAAGAAAUGAUUAAUCAAAACCACUUCGCAUCUGAAAUUAUUCGUAAACGGCUUGAGGAACUACACCGUUUGUGGGAGCUGCUGUUGUCAAAACUGGCUGAGAAGGGUAUGAAGUUGCAGCAAGCUCUUGUCUUGGUCCAAUUCUUGCGCCAGUGUGAUGAAGUAAUGUUCUGGAUCAAUGACAAAGAAACAUUUGUGACAACUGAUGAAUUUGGACAUGAUUUAGAGCAUGUUGAAGUUUUGCAACGAAAGUUUGAUGAAUUUCAAAAGGAUAUGGCAUCCCAAGAAUAUCGAGUAACAGAAGUGAAUGAACUGGCAGACAAGCUAGUGUUGGAUGGUCACCCGGAAAGAGAUGUUAUUUUAAAACGUAAAGAGGAACUUAUCGAAGCAUGGAUGCGACUGAAACAACUUGCUUUAAUGCGCCAAGAAAAACUAUUUGGUGCCCAUGAAAUACAGCGCUUAAAUCGUGAUGCUGAUGAGACAGUAGCUUGGAUAGCAGAGAAGGAUGUGGUUCUUUCUUCAGAUGACUAUGGCAGAGACCUUGCUACAGUUCAAACAUUGCAGAGAAAACACGAAGGGGUGGAGAGGGACCUAGCGGCUCUGGAGGAUAAGGUUUUGACAUUAGGGCAGGAGGCGGAUAGGUUGUGUGGCAUACACCCUGACCAUGCAGACCAGAUACAGGCCAAACGAGCGGAGAUCGUGGCCUACUGGGAGCGACUCAAGGACAAGGCCAAGGAGCGCAGGCAGAAAUUGGAUGAGUCUUACUGUCUUCACCGAUUCCUGGCUGACUUCAGAGACCUCAUUUGUUGGAUUAACGACAUGAAGGCAAUCAUCUCUGCAGAUGAGUUGGCCAAGGAUGUUGCUGGUGCAGAGGCUCUCAUUGAACGUCACCAAGAGCAUAAAGGUGAGAUUGAUGCAAGAGAAGAUAGUUUCCGAUGCACAGCAGAGGCGGGGCAGGUGCUGUUGGAGAGGGAACACUACGCAGCAGAGGAAGUGAAGGAGAAAUUGGUGAUUCUUGCAUCAGAAAAGACAUCUUUAUUGUCUCUAUGGGAAGAGAGAAGGAUUUUGUAUGAGCAAUGUAUGGACUUGCAGCUCUUUUACCGUGAUACUGAACAAGCUGAUACAUGGAUGGCCAAACAAGAAGCUUUCUUGGCAAAUGAUGAUCUUGGAGAUUCUUUGGAUUCUGUAGAAGCACUUAUAAAAAAGCAUGAAGACUUUGAAAAAUCUCUUGCAGCUCAGGAAGAAAAAAUUAAAGCAUUAGAUGAAUUUGCAACCAAGUUGAUUGAGGGACAACAUUACGCAGCUGAUGAUGUUGCUCAGCGUAGAGCUAUGCUUUUAGAACGACGCUCUGUGUUAUUGGAGAAAUCAUCACAGAGACGAGCCAUCUUAGAAGACUCAUAUCGACUCCAGCAGUUUGAAAGAGAUUGUGAUGAGACUAAAGGCUGGAUAAAUGAAAAACUGAAGUUUGCUACAGACGACAGUUAUUUGGAUCCUACAAACCUCAAUGGGAAAGUACAGAAACACCAAAAUUUUGAGCAAGAACUAAAUGCCAACAAAUCUCGCAUGGAAGAAAUAACUUCAACUGGGCAAGAGCUCAUUGAGGCUAACCAUUAUGCAUCAGAUCGGAUUCAGGGUCGCAUGGACGAGAUUGUGCGACUUUGGGAAACGUUAGCGGCAGCCACAGAUAAGAAGGGCUCCAAACUGCAAGAGGCAUCCCAGCAACAACAGUUUAACCGCACUGUCGAGGAUGUGGAGUUAUGGCUCUCAGAGAUUGAGGGGCAACUAUUGAGCGAGGAUUAUGGAAAGGACUUAACAAGUGUUCAGAAUCUGCAGAAAAAGCAUGCUCUCUUAGAAGCUGAUGUUGCUUCUCAUCAGGACAGGAUCGAAGGAAUCAAACUUGCAGCUCAGCAGUUUAUUGAAAAAGGACAUUUUGAUUCUGAUAAUAUAAGAACAAAACAGGAAGCUUUAUGUGAGCGUUACGCUUUGCUUCAAAAGCCUAUGAGCAUGAGGAAACAACGACUACUUGAUUCACUCCAAGUUCAGCAGCUGUUCCGUGACAUUGAGGAUGAAGAAGCUUGGAUUCGUGAAAAAGAACCAGUAGCUGCAUCUACGAACAGGGGACGUGAUUUGAUUGGUGUCCAAAAUCUAAUGAAGAAACAUCAGGCAGUGCUUGCUGAGAUCAAUAACCAUGAACACCGCGUCACUGCUGUAAGUCAGUCUGCCCAGCAGAUGAUGGAUGAUGGGCACUUUGCUACUGACGAGAUCAGGCUGCGAGCUGGCAAUCUCAAUGACCAUUGGACACAGCUAAAAGAGAAAGCAUUACAGAGGAAACUAGAUUUGGAAGAUUCUUUGCAAGCCCACCAGUACUUCGCUGAUGCUAAUGAAGCUGAAUCUUGGAUCAAAGAGAAGGAACCCAUGGUUUUGAAUCAAGACUAUGGCAAAGAUGAAGAUUCUUCAGAAGCUCUGUUGAAGAAACAUGAAGCUCUUGUAUCAGAUCUAGAAGCAUUUGGCAACACAAUCGUGUCUUUGCGUGAGCAAGCUCAGGCGUGUAGACAACAAGAAACUCCAGUGAUCGAUGUAACGGGCAAAGAGUGUGUAAUGGCAUUGUAUGACUAUACUGAGAAAUCCCCUCGGGAAGUUUCAAUGAAGAAAGGAGAUGUUUUGACUCUUCUCAACUCCAACAAUAAAGAUUGGUGGAAGGUAGAAGUAAAUGAUCGACAAGGCUUUGUCCCAGCGGCUUACGUAAAGAAGAUUGAGGCAGGACUCACUGCUUCUCAACAGAAUCUGGCUGACAGCAGUUCCAUAGCUGCCCGACAGAGCCAGAUAGAGACCCAGUACGACCAGUUGCUGGCUCUGGCCAGGGAGAGACAGAACAAGCUUAAUGAGACUGUCAAGGCGUACGUGCUCGUCAGGGAGGCUGCUGAGCUGGCCACCUGGAUUAAAGAUAAGGAGAAUCAUGCUCAGGUACAGGAUGUUGGUGAAGAUCUAGAACAAGUAGAGGUUAUGCAGAAGAAAUUUGAUGACUUUCAAUCAGAUCUCAAGGCUAACGAGGUUCGUCUAGCAGAAAUGAAUGAAAUAGCUAUGCAGUUGAUGAGCCUGGGUCAGACAGAAGCCGCGCUCAAGAUUCAAACACAACUCCAGGAUCUGAACGACAAGUGGUCAUCACUGCAGCAACUAACACAGGAGAGAGCUACACAGCUGGGUUCAGCCCAUGAGGUACAGCGGUUCCACCGGGAUGUGGAUGAGACCAAGGACUGGAUUCAGGAGAAAGACGAGGCUUUGAACAAUGAUGAUUUGGGCAAGGACCUGCGGACAGUCCAAGCCUUGCAGAGGAAGCAUGAGGGUCUGGAGCGAGACCUUGCUGCUCUUGGAGACAAAAUACGUCAGCUGGAUGAAACUGCUAACAGAUUAAUGCAAACACAUCCAGAAACAGCGGAACAAACGUACGCCAAACAGCGAGAAAUCAAUGAAGAGUGGACCCAACUUACAGCUAAAGCCAACAGUCGCAAAGAAAAGCUACUGGAUUCAUAUGAUUUGCAACGAUACUUGAGUGACUACCGUGAUCUCAUGUCUUGGAUCAACAGCAUGAUGGGUCUGGUCUCAAGUGAUGAACUGGCAUCGGAUGUGACAGGUGCUGAGGCUCUACUGGAACGACAUCAGAGCCAUCGAGCAGAGAUUGACGCACACUAUGGGUUGCCCCAGGAACACCGAACAGAAAUUGAUGCCCGUUCUGGAACUUUCCAAGCAUUUGAAUUAUUUGGCCAUCAACUUCUGCAGUCUGGGCAUUAUGCCAGUGUUGAGAUACAGGAAAAACUUGAAAGUAUGUCAGAAGCUCGUCAAGAACUUGAAAAAGCAUGGAUUGCCCGUCGAAUGCAGUUGGAUCAAUGUCUGGAACUACAAUUGUUCUACCGUGAUUGUGAACAAGCCGAGAAUUGGAUGUCUGCCAGAGAAGCAUUCCUAUCAGCUGAAGAAGUUGAUUCAAAGGGGGAUAAUGUAGAAGCACUUAUCAAGAAACAUGAAGACUUUGACAAGGCAAUUAAUGCUCAUGAAGAAAAGAUAGCGGCUCUGCAGACUCUGGCUGACCAAUUGAUGGCUGCUGAGCACUAUGCUGCCAAGCCCAUUGACGAGAAGAGACAACAAGUGCUGGAUCGCUGGAGGCAUCUGAAGGAGGCUCUCAUAGAGAAACGUUCCCGUCUGGGCGAGUCUCAGACCUUACAACAGUUUAGCCGAGAUGCAGAUGAGAUGGAGAACUGGAUCGCUGAGAAACUACAAUUGGCUACUGAGGAGAGCUAUAAAGACCCAGCCAAUAUCCAAUCCAAGCAUCAGAAACACCAAGCAUUUGAGGCAGAACUUGCAGCAAAUGCUGACCGUAUCCAGAGUGUACUGGCCAUGGGACAGAACCUGAUAGACAAACACCAGUGUGCUGGCUCUGAGGAGGCUGUUCAGGCUCGCCUGGCAUCGAUAGCAGACCAGUGGGAAUAUUUGACUCAGAAGACAACGGAGAAGUCACUGAAGCUGAAGGAAGCCAACAAACAGAGAACCUAUGUGGCUGCUGUGAAAGAUCUGGACUUCUGGCUAGGAGAAGUGGAGAGUCUGUUGACAUCCGAGGAUUCUGGCAAAGACUUGGCUUCAGUACAGAACCUCAACAAGAAACACCAGCUGGUGGAGGCUGAUAUACAUGCGCAUGAUGACAGGAUCAAAGACAUGAAUGCACAGGCAGACUCACUUAUCGAAAGUGGUCAGUUUGAUACAGCAAGCAUUCAAGAGAAACGACAGUCGAUUAACGAACGAUACGAACGGAUCAAGAACCUUGCUGCUCACAGACAAGCUCGACUUAAUGAAGCCAACACUCUCCAUCAAUUCUUCCGUGAUAUUGCUGAUGAGGAAUCCUGGAUUAAGGAGAAAAAACUGCUGGUCGGAUCAGACGAUUAUGGCCGUGAUCUAACCGGUGUCCAGAACCUCAAGAAAAAACACAAACGCUUGGAGGCUGAACUGGCUUCACACGAACCAGCGAUACAGGCAGUACAGGAGGCAGGAGAGAAGCUCAUGGAUGUGUCCAACCUAGGUGUUCCUGAGAUUGAACAGCGUCUCAAGCUUCUUAAUCAAGCCUGGUCUGAGUUAAAACAAUUGGCAGCAACCAGAGGUCAGAAGCUAGAUGAGUCACUCACUUAUCAGCAGUUCCUAGCUAAAGUUGAAGAAGAGGAGGCGUGGAUCAGUGAGAAACAACAACUGUUAUCUGUUGAAGACUAUGGAGAUACUAUGGCCGCUGUUCAAGGGUUACUGAAAAAACAAGAUGCCUUUGAGACAGAUUUUGCAGCUCACAGAGAUCGCUGUGCUGACAUCUGCAAUGCUGGAGCCAAGCUCACUGAGGCCAACAACCACCACACAGACAGCAUUGCCCAGCGCUGUCAUCAGCUGCAGAACAAACUGGAGAAUUUGUCUGCACUAGCUGCAAGAAGGAAGGCUCGACUCAUGGACAACUCUGCAUAUCUACAGUUUAUGUGGAAAGCUGAUGUUGUGGAGUCAUGGAUCGCUGACAAGGAGACUCAUGUGCGUUCUGAGGAGUAUGGCAGGGACUUAUCAACUGUGCAGACCUUGCUCACCAAACAAGAGACUUUUGAUGCCGGUCUCCAUGCGUUUGAGCAUGAAGGAAUCCAGAACAUAACUGCACUGAAGGAUCAGUUGAUGGAGGCUAAGCAUGAUCAGACACCUGCUAUCCUCAAGCGACAUGCUGAUGUUAUUGCUAGGUGGCAGAAGCUUUUGGGCGAUUCCAACACAAGAAAACAGCGUCUCCUACAAAUGCAAGAACAAUUCAGACAGAUUGAAGAACUAUAUCUUACUUUUGCAAAGAAAGCUUCUGCUUUUAAUUCAUGGUUUGAAAAUGCUGAAGAGGACUUGACAGAUCCUGUUCGAUGUAACUCAAUUGAAGAGAUUCGAGCCCUUAGAGAUGCCCAUGCUCAGUUUCAAGCAUCAUUGUCAUCAGCACAAGCAGACUUUGAAGCACUUGCAGAUUUAGAUCAGCAGAUCAAGAGCUUCAAUGUUGGAGCCAAUCCCUACACCUGGUUCACCAUAGAAGCUCUGGAAGAUACAUGGAGAAACUUACAAAAAAUCAUUAAGGAAAGGGAUAUCGAACUAGCCAAAGAAGCACAGAGGCAAGAAGAGAAUGACAAACUGAGAAAGGAAUUUGCCAAACAUGCCAAUGCUUUCCACCAGUGGCUUACAGAAACCAGGUUCCGACUUCUUGGAUGGGAUGGAACAUCAAUGAUGGAAGGUUCUGGGUCUCUUGAACAGCAGUUAGAAGCUACAAAGAGAAAAGCAGCUGAAGUUAGGUCAAGAAAAACAGAUUUGAAAAGAAUUGAAGAUUUGGGAGCAAUUCUAGAGGAACAUCUAAUUCUGGAUAACCGUUACACUGAACACAGCACGGUGGGCCUGGCACAACAGUGGGACCAACUGGACCAGCUCGGCAUGCGCAUGCAACAUAAUCUGGAGCAGCAGAUACAGGCCCGCAACCAAUCAGGUGUCAGUGAAGACGCUCUCAAGGAGUUCUCAAUGAUGUUCAAACACUUUGACAAGGACAAGAGUGGACGACUCAAUCAGCACGAAUUCAAGUCCUGCCUUCGAGCCCUAGGAUACGACCUUCCAAUGGUUGAAGAAGGCCAGCCUGAUCCUGAGUUUGAAGCUAUUUUAGAUGUAGUUGAUCCGAACCGAGAUGGCUAUGUUUCUCUCCAAGAAUACAUGGCAUUUAUGAUAAGCAAGGAAACUGAAAACGUACAAAGCUCUGAAGAAAUUGAGAAUGCGUUUAGAGCUAUCACUGCUGGUGACCGGCCAUAUGUCACUAAGGAAGAGCUCUAUGCGAACCUGACAAAGGAGAUGGCUGACUAUUGUGUAGCCAGGAUGAAGCCCUACGUAGACCCCAAAACUGAGAGGCCUAUAACAGGGGCACUGGACUAUAUUGACUUCACUAGAACCUUAUUCCAGAACUAACGCUUUUGCUUCCUUGCCUUCAAAACAUUUAUUAUAUUUUAUAGAGUCUUAUUUAUAUAUUAUAUGUAGGUUUAAGCAAAUGUUAUGAGUAUUAUAUCUGUGUUUUGAGUGAAAUGCAUAUUAGUAUAAAAUAAAUUUUAUUUAAGAACAUUGUUUUUAAACAUUUGAUACGUAAUUGAACUUGUAGUUUUAAUCCCAAACCUAAGCCAAAGUUUAUUUUUUUCAUUUGCAUUUAUCGUUAUCGAAUAAAAAUGGGAAUAAUGUAAAACAUUACCCAGUAAUUUUGUAAAGUGUUAAUUUUUGUAACUUAUUUAACUUGUGAUAGGUUUGUAAUUGACUACAACAGUAUAGUACUGAAACUUAUAUAAAGGCAGCUAUACCAUUGCUACUCAAAACCAUGCAAAUAAAUAAAUGUUAUACUUCCACCCAUUGACAAUUUUGCUUUUCUACACAUAAAAAUGAAUUUCUGAUUAUUAUUAAAUCUUACUUUUAUUUAUUGUUGAUUAAAAUUUAAUAUUGCUUUGA